UGUGGAACUUGGUAGCCGUUCCAUUUUCCAUUAUGGCGGAUGGCGGGAGGAUUUGAACGGCUCUCGUACAAGACUGUUAAACUUGCAGAACAUAGUUAAACAACAUGCUUACAGUAACCUUACCAGCAAGAUGACAACUAUAAUUUUACCAAUCUAACUUGUUACGUUAGCUGUUAUAAUGGAUUUCAGUGAGGCGGUUCUUUUGAAAGACGACAGCUUUUACGCUCGUUUCUCAGACGGAAGAGUUCUACAGCUAUCACCGUGUAGCUCAACAUAUUUAUUCACCCGUCCAUCAUGUCACCCGGCCAGUGUGCAGCAGUACACAAGGUUUGCCGUGAGUGAGUUUAGAAAGAGCGUCGUUGCCGCCGUGACUUUCAGGAAUCAAUUUGCAGAAAGGCCGUAUGUCUGUAAAGAACUCCUCGAUGACGCGAAGUCUCUGGUAAACUAUGAUGAUGCAUCUACAUGUGCCUGGCCUGUGACCAUCAUACCUGAUUUUGUGGCUAAAGAAAUCAACGGGUCUGUCAAGGUUCAUUCCCUGGACAGGAAGGCUCAACUUUUGCUUGCUCCACACAGACAGUCAUUCACAGUUGGUUUCUUGGCCCAAAUUAGUUCGAGUAGUAGAGCUCCUGCAUCAAAGGGUUCAGACCUGGCUCAGCAGCCCAAAUAUCCACAUCUAUACACAUGGAUAGAGCAGGGCCCUUACUCAGUACAUGACUAUCCAGACUGCUGGCACUUUCCUCUCCAAAUAGCAUUCAAUGCCCACGAUAGCAGCAGUUGCUAUGGUGAUAGCAGCAGUUGCUAUGGUGAUAGCAGCUCAACGUUGCCACAAUCUUUACCCACCACCUGUCAAUCAUCUCAUCUGCAUAAGUGGAAGCAACUUCAGGUUAGGAAGCCUUUGGGUACAAAAGAUGAAGAGUCAUUUUGGCAGCCAGAUGUGAAGGUGAUUUGGAGAGACGGUCACAUAUUCAGGGUUUGCAAGGGUGCAGGGAAAGGUCUACAGGUUGAAAUCUAUCCCAGUGAUGGCAUGGCUCUAAGCUCAACCAGUUUGUCUGGAAAGUUCUUUACCAUGUGGUCAAUGGCCGCACCUUCUUCAGAUCAGAGAGUCGAGAAAGUUCUGUCGGUGGACAAGCCGCCCCAGGAUAGACCGGGUGACCUGUACUCUUUAGCAAGGCUCAUCAAACAAGGCUCGAGAUUGUUGGAAUUUAUCUCAAGAGCAGGAAAUCCUCGCUUAUCACCCGAACCAUGCUGGAAAACAAAGGUAUGUAAACAGCUCCCUUUACCAUUUGUCCCGCCAACGCUGAUAGAAACAGCCGACAUUGGUGUCGGUAGGUUCAAGGCUUACUCAAACGGCCGGUUUCACAUCGUGUUCGCUGACCGAACUGUCCUGGAUGUAACACACCCUCCACACGCCGAGACAUGCCACCAGGAGGAUCUGCAAUUCUGUUUUGUUCUGCCCGAUGGGAGUAUGGUCCAGUGUACCGGCGGUGCAGUAGAGGGUUUAGAAAGAUAUGUCCAGCUCGCUUAUCAAUGGAGAGACUGGACCAUUUCAUCACCUGAACAGAGGCGGGCAUUCUACAAAAACACUGUGUGGGAUCACGAGGCUUCAAGCGCUGUGGAUGCAGAAAUUUGCAAGCUAAAAGUGUUCAAUUACAUGGUAUCGAGUGACGUAAGCUCUACUUCUUCAAUGAGUGUAAGUAUUUAUGGUUUAAUGCAAGGGCGGUAAGGGCAGAUGAUGGGAUUCUAGACGAUGAAAACUCAAAAGAAAAUAGCUCCACUGUUAAUAACGUUCUUACUCGUAAUUCGAGAACCAUCCAAGACAUCGAGCGUCUUUUGCAAGACACCAAGAAAAAAAUAACUUAGAAUUACUA